CGUUCAAUAGAACGCUGUGAAUGAACUAUAACCGUUUUGUUGCAGAUUGCAUAGAGGCAUGCACAGUAUUAUAUAUAAUAUGAACGACGCUCAUUAAUUGAGCUAUUGGGUGGUUGUGGCAUACGGUUCGCUGAUUACCAGACAUAUACAAAUGUAUUUAUCCGUCUUCAUUACACAAUGAAGAUGACAUAGACACGACACCAUAUAAUAUGCCGCACAUGUUGACGAUAGGUUAAACGCGACACAUUGUGUAUAUGUCUACACAGCAGGAUUUGUCAUACUCAGUUUUGCGUGUUCAGCAGUAAACACAUACAUUAAGUGUAACUUCAAACUAAAUAAAAACACAUUCAGCAUGUCUCUUGUGUUUUGGGGAUCUGCAAUAAGAUCCAAGGUGGUGGACAAUGCAAGGCGCAAGAUUGAGCGAAUAUUCUGUGUUUCACUGGAGAUAGAAGUCUGCGGAAAAUCUGAUUCGGACGCGACCUACAGGCUUACAGGGGACAGAAUUGAUCGAAACCGAGCAAAGAGUUAUAUCCAGGCUCUUGCAAGAGAAGGCGAAUUUGUCGAGAAGACUGUGUAUCCCCGGGACUGCGACCUAGAGGCAUUAGAACGUAUCGAAGCGCAAACUGGAUGCGUCCUUGAACACGGGCAAGGAGAUGCGUUUUCCUUGAGGGGACCUAGGCUGUAUCUGACCGUUGCUAUUACUCUGUUAGAAGAAAUCGCUACCCGAAAUGAGCCCCAAACCCCAAAAUCAAAGGCCGCGUCCCGGAGGCUUUCGACGGCAUUGGAGCAGACGCUCACGAAAACGAACCACAAGUGUGGCUAUUAUGGUAAAGCGUCCGAUGCAGUGAAGAGGGCGAUAGCCAGCUGCAUAAUUAUAUCAGAAGAUCAAGAUGAGAAGACAGAAUACAUUUUGAUCGACGAUGAUAGCGAAGAGGAAAAUAUCAAGGAAUGGGUAUGUUUGGAUGAGACUGUUCUUGAAGAUGACUUUGCUGGUGAUAACAUCGAUGAUGAUGUCAUUAUUAUUGAAACACCGAGGGUACCAGUGUCUAAGACAUCGUUAUUUUUUAGUGAAGACGAUAGUGAAAGUCCGGAUAUUGACCAGGGCGUUGAAGUUGUGACAAACGAACUCAAAAGAAUGAGGACACCUUCCUAUGGCAAUCCUAAAGCCACCAAUGCUAGACCAAGCGCCGCUGUAAGGCCUUUGAUUUUUUCAGAGUGCGCUUCUGUAUCGUCGAAGGAAACGGCAAAGUUCGGCGAAGGUAUGUCAGAAACAGAACGAGCUAUUGCUAACACAUCUAGUGACUUUAAACCUAAAAACGAUCAUCUGGAUGGACAUAAGAAAGGCGCCGAUAAAGUGAGACAUGAAACAAGUAAAAGAAAGUUAUCGGUAGACAGCUCAGCUGCGGUUGAGAUUAUGACGCACAGAGAUCACAUGCAGAGAACCAAGAAGCGAAACAAGCGUCGCAGAAUUCGGAGUUCCGUGUCGGUCGCGAGCGAUUCCGGAAUUGUUGAACGUGAAUCGGCAGAAGCGGACCCCGGAAAGAAAAAGAGCAAGAAGACCAAGAAGAAUAAAAAGAAGCGCAAGCCCAAGCCAGCAAUGGAUAAAGACAAUGCAGAGGAUCCGUCUGAUAUAAGUAAGGAGAAAGGACUCCUGCGUAGCAGGCGGGAUUUGAAACCAGAGUCGUGUGAGGAGCAGCCACCACUCAUAGUCGCAAAGCGAUCUUUAAAUGAGAAGGAAAAUAUUUCGCAAACUGUUAGGUUAAGCAGGUGGGACCUCACACCAAACAGCUAUGCGGAACAGAAGAUUAAUUUUGAAAUGAAAUUAGAGAACUUUAAAUUCGGAUCGCAGACGACAGACAAUCGUGCUUCUAUAGUUACUAAGAAAUCGCCGAUAAUAAUAUCCGUAAGAAAUGAUUCUCGAUCAGUGAGUUUAGAUCGGUCAGAGAGACCUGACAGAUUUAGCCAGAAGGCUAUUAACUUAAAAGAUCAGGUAGAGUCUCGUGUGGAACGCUUAAGAACCAUACAUAGCGCGACAUCGAAAGACAGUUUAGCCGGAGGCUCCCAUGAAGGAAACAUCGAACCGGAAGUUCAGUUUAUAUCUCGUCUGCUGCCAACGAAGGACCCGCUCGUUACGGGCUCACAAGACAGUCUAAAUGGAAACUCGAACCAGCUACACGAAGAGCCGAAAGCUCCGGCGGCUACCCUUCUGCUGCCCCCUCAGCCCCCGCCUGCCGCGGCAUCAAAAGGCAGCUCCUUGCGCUACAUCGUCAUCGACGGCAGCAAUGUGGCUAUGUGCCACAGCGGUAACUCGGACGUGUUCUCUUGUCGUGGCAUUCGCCUCUGCGUGGAGUUCUUUAAGCGGCGCGGUCACCGCCUGAUCACCGUCUUCCUGCCGCACUGGCGGAAGUGCCGGCCGGUCGGGAGCGCCUCCGUCACUCAUCGGUAUGAGUUGGACGCACUGGAAAAGGAGGGGCUACUCGUGUAUACGCCCUCGCGCAAGAUUGGCAACAAGCUCGUCGCCUGCUAUGAUGACAGGUUCAUUGUGGAGCUUGCGGAACGUGAGGAGGGCGUGAUUGUGAGCAAUGACCAGUACAGGGACUUGCAGAAGGAGAAGAGGUCAUGGAGAAAGGUCAUAGAGGAAAGACUGCUCAUGUACGCGUUUGUACGGGACCAGUUCAUGGUACCCGAGGAUCCCCUGGGACGGACAGGUCCCACCCUGGAAGCGUUCCUCAGGCGCGCCCCGCCUCGCCCCCUCCCACAAAACCGUGGCAACAGCUACGCAUGUCCCGCGCACCUGUACAAAGACGCCACAAAGAAUCCUCAUUUGCAUUUGAAGUAAGGAAUCUCGCAGGAAACCACGAUGUUUUUGGACGUAGUUUACUAGACACAUACGUCGACGACAUUGGCACCGUAAGAUACGCCGAGCGUUUCUAACGUCACGUUAUCGCUUUAGAUCAUCCCAGGAUACAUUCCAGAAUUAUAGAAGUCUGGCUUAUGAGAGGAACAUCUGCUCACAUGACAAAUAUAUUAUUUCAUUCUCCGACAUUUAUAUUAAAAAUAGUGAGGUACAUCAUUAUAUGAUACAAUUGUUUAUGGUAGACUAAUAUAUAUCGGUGAGUCUGUGUGGUAGGGGUAUGGGUUGCUGUUUAUUAACAUUAAAACAUUAAUGGUGGAACAAUACACGUGA